AAGAAGCAUCGCUGAGUCUUUUACUCACUGGGAACCUCUGAGGAUUUCAGCUGAUCUUUUUCUCCCCUUAGAUAGCGAAGAACUCAACAUAAACAGGGAAAAGGAGCACAGCAUGCAGCUACUCGGAGGGUGUUGAUUGCAAAACUUCCAUCUCCCCACCCCAUUCACGGUUGAUUUGACUGAUUUCUCACCUUGUUCACAGGGAAUAUUUCAAUUAAGGUCCCUUUAGAUGGAAUAUAAUACAGCAGAAACCUUUUCAUCAAAAAGAUUAAUGCCUGCAUUAUCAUUUCUGCAAAUAAAAUAGAAAGCUAAGUGGUGGAGGCCACAGACACCUCAAACCUGGAUUCCGCGAUUCUACAUUAAGAGCUGGAGUUUUGUUACUCUGCUGCAGGAAAGCCUUUGCCAAUGCUUACAAGGAACUGUUUAUCCCUGCUUCUCUGGGUUCUGUUUGAUGGAGGUCUCUUAACACCACUUCAACCACAGCCACAACAGACUUUAGCCACAGAACAAAGAGAAAAUGUUAUCCACCUGCCAGGGCGACGGUCACAUUUCCAACGAGUUAAACGUGGCUGGGUAUGGAAUCAAUUUUUUGUGCUGGAAGAAUACAUGGGCUCCGAGCCUCAGUAUGUGGGAAAGCUCCAUUCCGACUUAGACAAGGGAGAGGGCACUGUUAAAUACACCCUCUCAGGAGAUGGCGCUGGCACCGUUUUUACCAUUGACGAAACCACAGGGGACAUUCAUGCAAUCAGGAGCCUGGAUAGAGAAGAAAAACCUUUCUACACUCUUCGUGCUCAAGCUGUGGACAUAGAAACCAGGAAGCCCCUGGAGCCUGAAUCAGAAUUCAUCAUCAAAGUGCAGGAUAUUAAUGAUAAUGAGCCCAAGUUUUUGGAUGGACCUUAUGUUGCUAGUGUCCCGGAAAUGUCUCCUGUGGGUGCAUAUGUGCUCCAGGUCAAAGCCACAGAUGCAGAUGACCCGACCUAUGGAAACAGUGCCAGAGUCGUUUACAGCAUUCUUCAGGGACAGCCUUAUUUCUCUAUUGAUCCCAAGACAGGUGUUAUUAGAACAGCUUUGCCAAACAUGGACAGAGAAGUCAAGGAACAAUACCAAGUACUCAUACAAGCCAAGGAUAUGGGAGGACAACUGGGAGGAUUAGCUGGAACGACGAUAGUCAACAUCACCCUCACUGAUGUCAAUGACAACCCACCUCGAUUCCCCAAAAGCAUCUUCCAUCUGAAAGUUCCAGAGUCUUCUCCUAUUGGCUCAGCUAUUGGAAGAAUAAGAGCUGUGGAUCCUGAUUUUGGACAAAAUGCAGAAAUUGAAUACAAUAUUGUUCCAGGAGAUGGGGGUAAUUUAUUUGAUAUCAUCACAGAUGAGGAUACACAAGAAGGAGUCAUCAAAUUAAAAAAGCCAUUAGAUUUUGAAACAAAGAAGGCAUAUACUUUUAAAGUCGAGGCCUCCAACCUUCACCUUGACCACCGGUUUCACUCUGCGGGCCCUUUUAAAGACACAGCUACAGUGAAGAUCAGCGUGCUGGACGUGGAUGAGCCGCCCGUCUUUAGCAAGCCGCUCUACACCAUGGAGGUUUAUGAAGACACCCCAGUAGGGACCAUCAUUGGUGCUGUCACCGCACAAGACCUCGAUGUGGGCAGUAGUGCUGUCAGGUACUUCAUAGACUGGAAGAGUGAUGGGGACAGCUACUUUACAAUAGAUGGAACUGAAGGAACCGUCGCCACUAAUGAAUUACUAGACAGAGAAAGCACCGCGCAGUAUAAUUUCUCCAUAAUUGCGAGUAAAGUUAGUAACCCAUUAUUAACCAGCACAGUCAACAUACUGAUCAAUGUUCUAGAUGUCAAUGAAUUUCCUCCAGAAAUAUCUGCACCAUAUGAGACAGCAGUGUGUGAAAAUGCCAAACCAGGACAGAUAAUUCAGAUAGUCAGCGCUGCAGACAGAGAUCUUUCACCUGCUGGGCAGCAAUUCUCCUUUAGAUUAUCACCUGAGGCUGCCAUCAAACCAAACUUUACAGUCCGUGACUUCAGAAACAACACAGCUGGAAUUGAAACCAGAAGAAAUGGAUACAGCCGCAGGCAGCAAGAGUUAUAUUUUCUCCCUGUGGUAAUAGAAGACAGCAGUUACCCUGUCCAGAGCAGCACAAACACGAUGACUAUUCGAGUUUGUAGAUGUGACUCUGAUGGUACCAUCCUGUCUUGUAAUGUGGAAGCAAUUUUUCUACCUGUAGGACUUAGCACCGGGGCUUUGAUUGCAAUCCUGCUGUGCAUUAUCAUACUCUUAGUCAUAGUCGUGCUGUAUGUAGCGCUGCGAAGGCAGAAGAAAAAGGACACCCUGAUGACCUCUAAAGAAGACAUCAGAGACAACGUCAUCCAUUAUGACGAUGAGGGGGGCGGGGAGGAGGACACCCAGGCUUUUGACAUCGGGGCUCUGAGAAAUCCCAAAGUGAUUGAAGAGAACAAAAUUCGCAGGGAUAUAAAACCAGACUCGCUCUGUUUACCUCGUCAGAGAGCACCAGUGGAAGACAACACGGACCUAAGGGACUUCAUUCAUCAAAGGCUACAAGAAAAUGAUGUGGACCCAACGGCGCCGCCAUACGAUUCAUUGGCCACCUAUGCCUACGAAGGAGAUGGGUCUGUGGCCGAGUCCCUCAGCUCCAUAGACUCCCUCACCACCGAAACCGACCAGGACUUCGACUACCUGACAGACUGGGGACCCCGCUUUAAGGUCUUGGCAGACAUGUUUGGUGAAGAAGAGAGUUACAAUCCAGAUAAAGUCACUUAG